AUGACUGCCCCCGCCACUACCACCCACAUUACCGCCAAUACAGGCAAUACGACGAAUACAGACAAUACCGUCAACACAGACAAUACCGUCAACACAGACAAUACCGUCAACACAGACAAUACCGUUAACACAGACAAUAUCGUCAAUAUAGCCAAUACCGUCAAUAACGCUAACCCUACUAACACUGCUAACGCCGCUGUCACCGAUGACGCCUCCACCCCUUAG